AUGGAAAGAUAUGAUGAAUCGGCUUACUUGGCGAGUGAAGAUCUCGCAGAGUAUAGUCAAGCACACCAACAGUUACCAUCUCAAAAUCAUGAAUUAAAUGAGGAAGAGCUUCAUCAGGAACUUGACGUAGAGCAACAAGUGAGUAAUGAGGAGUUAUUGGCAGCACAACAACAGCAUCAUCAGGAUCUACAAGAUCAACUAGAACAACAACAUCAUGGGCAUGGUCAAAUAAAUGAAGAAGAAUUAGAUGAGGAGCAUCUUCAACAAGAAGAGGAAGAACAACAACACCAUCAUCACAUGGGAGUAGCACAAACAAUAGUAGAUGAAGAAGAAUUAUUAGCAGCACAAGCUGCUGCUGAAGCAGCUGCUCAACAACAACAACCAGGAGAUGUAUUCAAUAAUGUUGCUCAAGGUUUGAGUGGUAAACAUCGAGACAUGAUGAUGCAUUACUGGCAGGAAACCAUCAAUUCGAUUGAACAUGAUGAACACGACUUUAAGAACCAUCAAUUACCAUUGGCUAGAAUCAAGAAAGUCAUGAAAACUGAUGAGGAUGUACGAAUGAUUAGUGCUGAAGCACCAAUAUUGUUUGCUAAAGGGUGUGAUGUAUUCAUUACAGAAUUAACAAUGAGAGCUUGGAUACAUGCUGAAGAGAAUAAAAGAAGAACAUUACAGAAAUCUGAUAUUGCUGCUGCUUUAACCAAGAGUGAUAUGUUUGAUUUCCUUAUUGAUGUUGUUCCUAGAGAGGAAGAAAAGCCUAAAAAGUCUAGUAGCAGUGGGAAUAAUAGUUCGUAUUCUAACCGAAAUCAAGUUCAACAAGAUGAAGGUGUUCUUAAUGGAGGUGCAAAUGAAGAAGAAUUAUUACAGCAACAACUUUUACACGAACAAAUGAUCCAACAACAGUUGAAUGAAGAAGCAGCCGCGGCUGUUGCAUCACAACAGCAACAACCACCACCACCACCAGCACAACAACAAGCUACAGGAGAUACUGUUAAUGGAGAGGAUACUGCCAAUGGUCAACAUGAUGAGAGUAACUAUCAAAACUUUAAUGGAUAUCAAGGUGAGUUCUAA